AUGAUUUUCACUCACCUUCUUCGUGUGUUGUUCCUUUUCUUUGGAACCUUCGGGUUUCUUGGACAGGUUCUAGCCCUCAACAAUGACCCCUUCGAGGAGGCCCACGCUGUUCGUGGCCGUUUCAACCUCCGUGGUCUUGACCAUGUCCCCGCUCUUGCUAAUCAGCUGCUGGCUCGUGAAAUGUCGACUGCUUAUGUUACUUCUGUGACUACCGAGAUCGAGUGCGCCUCGAGCGUCACCAACUGCCCUGGUACUCGUACUUCCCUCAUUGUGGACAAAUCCACUGAGUCGAGCACCUCAAGCACCAUUUCGGAGACUACUCCCUCCCAGACUCCUGUGUCCUCGACCGAGUCUAGCACCUCGAGCACCAUUUCGGAGACUACUCCUUCCAAGACUCCUGUGUUCUCGACCGAGUCCAGCAUCUCGAGCACCCUGAGCACUCCUGAGCAGACUCCAGUGGCCACCCCUUCCACAAACACUAAGACCGAGUUCACCACCCUGCCCUGCUCUUCGCCUAGCCAGGUGGCUGUUACAACCCCAGGACUUCAAACCCCCUACAUCUCGCUCAACCUUACUCAGACUCCCUCCACCGGCGGAAUCAUUGUUGUGAUUACCAAGACUUGCACUCAAUCUGAAUGCUCUCUCACAACUCUCACCCAGACCGUUCCCACCGGCGAAGCCACUACUUCCACCGAGACUGUUCCCACCGGCGAAGCCACUACUUCUACUGAGAUCGUUCCUACCGGAGGUGCUCCCGGCGGCAGCAUUCCCACUGAGGAAGCCCACACUUCCACUCAGAAUGUUCCCAGCGGAGGUGCUCCCGGCGGCAGCGUUCCCACUGAGGAAGCCCACACUUCCACUCAGAAUGUUCCUAACGGAGGUGCUCCCGGCGGCAGCGUUCCCACCGAGGAAACCCACCCUUCCACUCAGAAUGUUCCCAACGGAGGUGCUCCCACUACUCUGACCACAGUUCCCUCGAAGCCUACUGGUGUCCCUACUGGUGAGAAGCCAACUACUGGAGUUCCUACUCCCGGCUCUCCUACCUCGACCCUGGUAUACUCCAAGGCUGCCAAGCGUCUGAGCCACAAGGCCAACAUUAUUGCUGCUGGUUUCUUGAUGAUGGUUUUCAUCAACGCACUGUGA